AUAGAGAAGGUUGGGUAUGUUUUGCGCUAAUUUUCAAAGUCAUAGUUGUAAGUUUUCUGACCGAAAUGUGACAACCCUAAAAGUUACAAUUAUGCUGAGUGUGUAGUCAUAGUGCCUUAUUAGGUGACUGAUGUUAUUUUGUAAAUAUUUAUCAGACACUGAGCAUGUAAUAUAUUAAUUAAUAGAAACAAUCAUGGCUACUAAAGAAGUUCUUCAAAAUAUUUUUUAUUUUACUAACAACGUCCUAAGAGCUGCAUAUUUUGAUAGGGACUGGGAAAAAAAUUCUUUGCUGAAAGCGUUUCAGUGGGCAAAGUACUGUGAAAAGGUCUUCCAUGAAGCAGUUGCAAAAUCACUUUCGAUAGAAUUGGAAAAAUAUCUUCAGGACUUAACUUUGAAGAUUCCAAAUUGUGUUGUACCUUGCUUAAAUCUGUGCUUUCUGAGAGAUGCAACACAUCAGUUAACACUGGUAGUUUUCUUCACAUGUAUAAUAAGUUUGAUCUUGUUAGUAAUUUUACCAUUUAGUUUUUUUUAUAUUCAUCAGUAUUCAGAAACUGAUAAGGUGAAAUGAAAUCUUC